GCGUCCAGCUUCGCGAUCUUUACAACCGAUUUUAUUGCCGGACAGAUUCCAGUCCCGUGUUUCUUGCCAUGAUGCUAUCUGGCACUAGCGGCGUCCGGACUGGACGUCUCUUAAAGCUGUCGAAGCCGCUGCUUUGAAGAUGGACAGCACUGUAUACUAUUCUGCCAAUUGAUACCCACGAGCGCUUCUUUAUUGACUGCCUCGUACCCAUUCUCCCUGCACAUCGCACACAGUACCAGUACAAUGGCUGUCGAAAACUACGACAUCGUCAUCGUCGGUGCCGGGCCCGUCGGCCUCUGCCUCUCCACCUGUCUGUCAAGAUGGGGCUACAAGAUCAAGCACAUCGACAACCGGCCUGAGCCCACACCCACGGGACGCGCCGACGGCAUCCAGCCGCGGUCGCUAGACCUUCUGCGCAACAUGGGCCUGAAGCGCAAGAUCAUGGAGUACGAGCCGGCAAAGGUGUACGAAGUUGCGUUCUGGGAUCCGAGCGCCAAGGGCGGCAUCGUGCAGACGGGCACGUGGGCUAGUUGCCCGAAAUUCAUCGACGCGCGAUACCCCUUCACAACGCUGCUGCACCAGGGUAUGAUUGAGAGAGUGUUUAUCCAGGAUAUUGAGAAGAAUGGAAACACGGUUCAGCGGCCGUGGACGAUUACUGGGUUCGAGAAUGACGGCAAGGAUGCUACGUACCCUGUCGAGGUCAAGCUUGCCCAUGUUGAUGGAUCAUCGACUGAGACCGUGCGAGCGAAGUACCUCUUCAGCGGAGAGGGUGCGCGGAGCUUCGUGAGGGAGCAGCUUGGUAUUAAGAUCAGAUACAAGGAUCCUAUCGCGUAUGUUUGGGGUGUUAUGGACGGUGUUGUCAGGACCAACUUCCCUGAUAUCAAGAUGAAAUGCACAAUCCACUCAGAUGCUGGAUCCAUCAUGAUUAUUCCCCGUGAGGACAACAUGGUCCGUCUGUACAUCCAGGUUGCCAGCUCCACAGACAAGGACUGGAACCCACGCAAACAGGCUACCGCAGAAGAGGUACAGGAGAAGGCCAAGGCAAUUCUGAAGCCCUAUGAGAUCACGUGGGAUCGCAUCGAAUGGUUCUCUGUAUAUCCCAUCGGUCAGGGUAUCGCCGAGAAGUACACCCUCGACGAGCGUGUCUUCAUGGGAGGAGAUGCCUGCCACACACACUCCCCCAAGGCUGGCCAGGGUAUGAACACAGCCUUCCUCGAUGCCGUCAACCUUGCCUGGAAGAUCCACCACGUCGAAUCGGGAUGGGCGCCCCGCUCCAGUCUGUCCACCUACGAGUCCGAACGCCAGCUGAUCGCCGAGACAUUACUCGACUUUGACGCGCGAUACGCAAAGCUCUUCUCCGCACGCAUCCCCUCCGCUGGCGAAGUCGCCGGUGCAUCUUCUGGCGAGGCCGAUGAGAACGAGUUCAUCAAGACCUUCAAGGCGAGCUGCGAAUUCACAUCCGGCUACGGCGUCGCAUACAACCCGAACUCGAUCAACUGGGGCCCCGAGCACCCCGCCCAGCACCCCUUGAUGCUGGAGUACCAGAAGGGCACCAACCUGCGCACCGGCCGCAUCCUCAUCCCCGCAACCGUCACCCGCGUCGUCGACGCCAACGUGGUGCACCUCGAGCAGGAAAUCCCCCUCAACGGCUCCUACCGCGUCUUCGUCUUCGGCGGCGCCCUCGCCCACACCGCAACCGCCCUCAAGGACCUCGCCGCCCACAUGUCCGCCCCCGCAUCCUUCUUCUCGCACUUCCUGUACAAGGACGUCGACACCGCAGACCGCUACCACGAGAAACACAACCCGCACACCUCGCUCCUCUCGCUCGCCAUCAUCCUCAACGCGCCACGCGCCAAGAUCCACAUCGACGAGCAGCUGCCCGCGGUCCUGGCGCGCUACGCGGACCACGUGUAUGCCGACGACGUGUGGGAUGUGCGCGUGCCCGACGCAAAGGCCGCGGCGCACGCGAAGAUGGGGCUUGACGAGGACAAGGGCGGGGUGGUGGUUGUGAGGCCCGACGGGUAUGUGAGCGCUGUUGUGAAGCUGGAGGAGGGCAGUGGGACGGCGGAUGCGCUGAAUGCGUACUUUGGUGCUGUGACGGGGAAGAAGCUUGGGGGCGAGCGGGCGAGUUUGUAAAAGCGGUGUUUUCAUGUGGGAGGUUGCAUAGCGUCACGUUUUUCUUGUAUAUAUCAGUCCGGAAUAUGACUAUCUUAAUCUUCAUACUUGGUCUUCUUGACUCUCUUCUUGACCCUUCAACGUAUUAUAUUAUGUUGCUGC